GUUGAACGGAACCGAUUGAAUCAUCGAAGACAGAGGCGGAGCUAUGGCGCCGCUUUAUGUAUCGGCAUCGCUUUCGUCGCCGUUGCCACUUCUCUCUCCGGCACUAUCUUCACCGUCGCUAAACAGAGCAGCUAAGUCUAUUGGUUGGUGUUUCGUCUCCUUCCAACGAUUCUCUCUGAGCCGCAAGGCGAGGAAGCAGUUGCAGGUGGUGUCUAUGGCUCCUGAGGAAGAGAAGCUCACUCGUCGCAACCCUCUCGAUUUCCCUAUCGAAUGGGAGAGACCAAAGCCAGGGAGGAGACCAGAUAUAUUCCCAAAGUUUAGUCCUAUGAAGUCACCAUUGCCUCCCCCAAUGCCUUACGAUCCUCCUGAAGAAGAUGAAGAAGAGGACGAGAAGAAAGAAGAAGAAACAGAAGACGACCCUGAGAAGGAAGACGAGGACCAACCCAAUAACCAGUAGUAAGAAAACUCGUUUCUCGUUUCUCAAAUUGUUGUUGUUAUCUUGUUUUAGUAACCUUAAUGGAUCUUAUUUCACGUUAAAGAGAGAAAAACAUAUUGUCAACCUUAAAUAAUGUUGGUGUAAGCUUGGAACUCCUUGCUGUGUAGAUUUGUUCCUAUACCUA